AUGUCCACCCCAGACAAGAACUCAGAGGCCGCUGUUUACAAGAAGACCGGAGAUGAUGAAAUUCAACUCUCUAGCCUCGACAUCCAUACGAGAUCAUCUCCGAGACGAUCAGAGCGGAUUCUCGAGAUGGAGCUGAAGCCUAAGCUUGUCACCACUCAGCCAGCCACUACCGAGUCUCCUGCAAACAGCCCGCAAGAUAAGAGGAAGGAGGAGAGAGAUAUAGAGAAACAGCAGAAUUUGUGGCCCGUGAAGUGGUGGAAAAUUCUCGAGCAGGGAGAGGAUUCGCGCGAGUCUAUCUUACGCAUUGCAGACAGAAAUUCUGCUCUUAGUUCUCCAAGUCCAUUCAACUUGACGUACAGAGAAUACAUCAAGCAAUGCGAGGAGAGUAAAAACGGUCGUCUUGUCCGCGACCAAAUUGAAAAGGGUUGGAUCGUGAAGUGUCAGAAUAUCUUCGCGAAGUGGGAUCCAGAUCCUGAGAUCUACACCGAAAGGAUCCGAAAUAGAAGGCUGAGGACAGCUCUUGCAGAGAUCACCACGGGCAAGCCUAGCCAUGGCCGUGAGUCUUUCGACGUUGAUGAUUUUUGGAGGCGUAGGGCCAAUUUCGACAGCAAUCUGAAAGAAGCGAAAUUGGAAGUUGAACAGAAGCAGAGCAGCGUCAAGAGAGAGAGAGAACAGCAGCCAGAGGAUUCCCCAGCUGGGAAGAGAGCGAGAAUCACCCCGAGCAUGAAAGGAGAAGUGGACGAUCAGCGAGGGGUAGACUGGACCACCCCCCCUCGGAAGAUCAUUGUGGAGGAAGUUUGGGAAUUCGUCGUUAGCCCCUCGCUGUGA